UUAACAUCAACAGGAGGCUGUGGGAUUGAGAAUGUCUCAUAACUCAUUUUCUGCUUUUCCUGAAAAAUGUGCAUGGCGGAUAUCGGUGUAAAUGCGCAAGCCUGACUCGUAUUCUCCAUUGUGCUCGGUCCCUGUGGCUUUUCAUGAGAGGUGAAUGGUGCUGGGAGAUCAUUCCCAAUUCUCCACCUGAAGCUGCAGAAUAAUAACCAUGAGCAGUCCGCCGCAGAGCCCUUCUCCAGCCAAAUGGUUCAAAGCGCUGCGAAGGACCAAGCUUGGGGAGCCCUGUUUGAAGACCUAUCCUCUGGAGUGUGUGGAUCUGCUGAAGAGGGCGAGAGUCGCCUUUCAAGCUGGACGCACCCUCAAGGAGGGCUUCAGACUGGCUCAGCUGGAGGCUGUGGUGCAGAUGCUGGAGGAACACGAGUGUGACUUUGUGGAUGCUCUUGGAAGGGACCUUCAUAAGCCAAAGUUUGAGACAGUUGUGUCAGAACUGGUUCUUGUCAAAAAUGAGGCACUUUAUGCCAAUAACAACCUUAAGAAGUGGAUGCAGCCGCAAUACGUGGAACGAAACCUGUCCACUACGUUGGACGAGUGUCUGAUGGUCAGUGAGCCGCUGGGGGUGGUGUUUAUCAUGGGGACCUGGUGCAGUCCUGUCCAAACGUGUCUGGUGCCACUGGUAGGGGCCAUUGCAGCAGGAAACUGUGCUAUCAUCAGCCCCUCUGUAUGCACCGCUCACACAGCAGAGCUUCUUCAUCGUCUCAUCCCCUUCUACUUGGACAAUGAAUGCUUCCAUGCAAUUCUUGCAGGCGCAAAUGACUUGCAUGAAGUGGUGGAACUUAAGUUUGACCAUGUCUUCUUUACAGGCAACAGGAAGGAGGGAAGCAAAAUUGCUCUGGCUGCAGCUUGCACACUCACACCUGUCACCCUGAUUUUGGGUGGCAAGAACCCAUGUUAUGUGGACCAACACUGUGACAUUGCCACCACCGCACAGCGCAUCGCCUGGGCACGUUUUCACAAUGCUGGACAGAGCUUGGCGGCUCCUGACUACAUCCUGUGCCACACAGAUAUCCAAGCACGACUGGUGCAGGCCCUGAAGUGCUGCCUGAUGCAGUUCUACGGUUCUGAUCCCAGAGAGUCCCGCAGUUACGGCCGCAUGGUCAAUCUAGAGAUCUUUAACCGUACGAGAGACGUGCUCUGGAGAUCAGGCAAAGUGGCUGUGGGUGGGCAAGCGAUAGAAGCAGAGAAAUAUAUAGCCCCAACUGUUUUGACAGAGGUCGUGGAAUCAGAUCCCAUCAUGCAACAAGAUGUUUUUGGCCCAGUUGUUCCUGUUCUGACUGUAAACAACAUGGAGGAAGCAAUUGCCUUCAUUAAUAAGCAAGAGAAACCCCUCUGUGUUUAUGCAUUUUCCAAAAACAACGAGGUCAUCUCGAGGCUAAUGAGUGAGACCUCUAGUGGAAGCUUUUGCUCUAAUGACAGCAUCCUGCAGAGUCUGAUGGUGGCUCUACCCUUCGGUGGAGUUGGUGCCAGUGGAAUGGGUUCCUACCAUGGCCGCUACAGCUUUGAUACCUUCUCUCACAGGAAAUCAUGUCUGCUGAGAGGCACACGGUUUGAGUGUGUAACCUAUCUGCGUUAUCCGCCCUAUGACGACCGCAAUCUGUCUCUAAUGUCAUGGGCCUGUACCUUGUCCCAGAAGAGCCAGGGCUGGUGCCAGAUCCUGUGACUCUGUGGGAGGGUUAUAACGGAGCCACUUUAGAAGAAAGCUGAGGGCCCCCUAUGUCAUGAACAGUCCUGACAUGCAAAUGUAUUGUUAAUGUAUUAUAAAAUAGCUGAGAACAAAAUGUAAUGGGGUAUGCUAACAGAGGAAGAGAGAUAGAUAGAUAUAUAUAUAUAUGCGCGCGCUGUUCAAUCUUUGGGUGAUAAGUGUAAAACCAACAAUUGAUGAAACGUUACUUGUGCAAAAUUAAAUAACCAGGAGGUAUAUGUUUUGGCUGAAUGGUUUAAGAUUUAGCCACAAUGAAGUUUAUUACUGCUUAUAGUCUCACAUUAUGCUUAAAGUUGCAUUACUAAAAACAAUUUUAAACAUUCAUAUUUAUUAAUAUAUUGACAAUAAAAGUGAAAUAUCUGCAACACCAACCACCCUCGAAAAACAAAUUAGGUCUUUGUCUUAUUCCCCAAUAUGUUCAUUCAGGUCUUUUGUAGAUUUUCUCCUCGUUGCCUUCUUUCGUGGCUGCAUAUCUGGCUGCGGUGAACAGAUAGUCACUCAAUCUGAGUGACAAUAUUGGGACAUUUAUCAGAUGUUAAAUAGAGGAUCUAUGGUAUUGUACUACUUGAAAGAACUUUACUCACCUGUUCAAAAACUUGGCAACAUCUGGAUCCGCCUCGCCUGCUCGCACAAUUGGAGCAACACUAAAAUAAGAACAAAGCUCUGUCAGAACAUACUGUAGUGGAAGGGAAGCCAAAGGAGGUAAUUUUACGCCAUUCAAGGCAAGGAGGAUGCUGCAACUGACCUGCGUUCUGCUCUCCGACACACUGUCCGAGCCAAGUGCAAAGCUGAGCUGCUCUUUCCACCAGACUGUGACACACAAAGCAUCAAGUAUCAGUACAACAGCAACGACGACUUUUAUAAGAAUUUUGUCUCACAGAGGCCCACAUUGGCUUACUGGUAAAAUGAAAUUGGUCAGUGGAGGGAGUUCUUCUGUAAAUUUAUCAAUCCAGGUUUCCAGGUCUGCAAUAGGCUGAGCAGUAAAUUUUGUUCUCCCUUACAAAAACAGAACAGUAAAUAGUAAAUAAACCCAAUAUAUAUUUUACUGCAUUAGACCCCCAGCAAGUGCAUACUUAUGUGACUUUCUCUUGCAGAUGAUUGAGGGGUGGCAAUAUUGGAGCCCACGUCUUGUAAAAUGCACUGUAUCUGCAAUGAAAAAAAGCAAAAUACUGUCUAAAAUCGUAUGUAUCUGGCUGAUGUAGAAUAUUUGCAAUAAAGGAAGUUAAUGAAUAAAAAAUGAAAAUCAAA